AUGGAGGGCAAGGAAGAACUAAGGGAAUUGCUGAGAAGCAUCAUAAAGAAGAGCACUGAUCCAAGAGCAAGGGCACAGAACGAAUAUCUGACUGAUGAAGACAAAGUGGUGCAGAAAAAUGAGAGAGCAUCUGUAAAAAAGAGGGCAUGCAAAGAUUGCACUUGUGGCUUGAAAGAAAAGCAGGAGGUCGUGGCAAGAUCUGCCUGUGGAAACUGCCAUAAGGGAGAUGCAUUCAGAUGUAGCGGGUGUCCUUCCCUUGGGCUGCCUCCAUACGAGCCGGGAGAGGUUGUUUCCUUCUCUACAAGUCUAAAUGAUGGAUUUCAGGACAGCAGUGAAUAG